AUGGAUGUACAUGUCGACCUUUCAAAUGAUUCCAGUAUAGAGGAUGAGGAUGCUAUGGAAUGUGACAAUGGCGGUCAGCCUAGACCCACGACGGACGCCAGACAACCUACUCCAAGCACUGGCAGGGGCGGCAAGUUUUCUGGCUUAGAGCUCGGCAGUGGAGAGGACGUCGUGGAACAUGUAUUACCCGAUGAAUGGUAUCCCAUUGUCUCCGCAAAUGACCUUCCCAGCGAUCUCCGGGAGGAAUCCAAGAUGCUGGAGCAGCUGUCAGCAGCCUCAGGCUUAGAUGCGACAUACGAGCGGUCAAAAACUGGAUCGAAAAAGAAGCGGCUAGUCGGCGAUACCUUAGAUAUUACCAUGCGCCCCUCGCCCCUUAAGCGGAGCCGUCGUGAUCUCCUCGACUUAUCCGCUGAUGUUGAUGCGCUUUCGCCUCCUCUACCGCCCUCGUCGCCUUGGCCCUGGGACCAGACGCAUCCAAGGCUGACGCGAGAUUCGAAUCCUGAGCAUGCGGCCGCUCAAUCUUUGGUGGGCAGAGCCAAGACUGUGACUGACGGGCGGUCCAACAUGGCCGACGACGUUACCGCGGUUCGGCUGCCCAAGGGGCUAAUGCCUGUCAAGACCCCAUCUCCUGGGCGAUUUGGUGGUUUUUUGCCAUUGGAUGAUAGCGGCCUGAGGACUCCCCCCAGCCGAGUGCUUCAGGAUAUCGGUAUCAUAGAAUUGCUGGAUAGGGAUAGUAGGCCAACUUUCAUCGUCGAUUUGUCGACAUCUACCUGCAAGCCUGAGGGCAAGGUUUCAAUUCCAUACGCAAACGAGUCAUCUAGGGCACAUCCUACGAUACGGAAUCUCCUGGCCACCUUGGAUGAUGAGGGCGAGGACGCAAAUAUCGAGAUAUCUCAUUUCAAAGAGUGGGUUCUCGGCGUAGGCGAUAACUCGCCGUCUUCUGAGGCCCACCGCAUCAACGGGUAUGCGGGAGUUAUUUGGUCCUAUGUGACGUUGCGGAAUCGUUUCCGGGUCGUCAGUGGAAGCAGUACACUACUAUCUACCAUGUCGACAAAUGGCCCCAGUGCAGUCUUUUCUACAAAUGGCGAAUUGGUGGACGGACUUGACGAACCAGCAGCCAUGGAAAGAUCAGCUACGCACUCAGAGUCUGAAAUCAGUAUGCUAGAACCUGCGUUGUCUAAGGGUACGCCUAUUGCCGGAGUCCCCUCACUACCCUCAAGCAAGGUAUCAUUUGACUGGACCCGGAUCCCAUUGACGGAUGAUGUCUCCGAGCAUAUACGAUUCGCUCGAUCGAUCGACUGGGCGUCAACACCUUUGGGACCAAUCGAGUCCUGGCCUCUCAACCUUAGAGUCAUGGCCAACUUGAUCAUGGCGAGCCCUCACCCCGCGGCGAUAUACUGGGGCCCAGAAAAUGCCAUCAUCUACAACGAAGCCUACAUUGAGAUUGCAGGUCAGAAGCACCCUCGCCUUAUGGGAAGACCCUGCGACCACGCUUGGACAUCCACCUGGGACCAGCUGGAUCCCGUCUUUCGCGAAGCACGAGAGUCGGGACAAGCGGUCAUGAAGUAUGACGACCAUAUCUUCGUUGACCGCCAGGGCUUCAUUGAGGAGGUAUACUUCACAUGGUCGAUGGUGCCAGUACUUGACGACGAGGGCGAAGUCGUCGGAGUGUAUAACCCAGCCUUUGAAAACACACGGCGGAGGAUAGGUGAGCGGCGAAUGCUCACUCUGAGGCGAAUAGGCGAACGGAUAGCGACUACGACCGAAGUCGGAAGCUUCUGGACCCAAGUUCUGAAAGGCUUGGGAUCGAACGCGUAUGAUAUUCCGUUUGCCUUGAUCUAUUCGGCAAAAGACGCCGCCGACAGCGAUUCAUCCUUCGCCAUACACGAGAACGGCUGGAAGCCGUCUCAGCUCGUCCUCGAGGGUUCUUUGGGAUUCCCUGCGAAUCAUCCUGCAGCAGUUCAGCAACUUGACUUGGACAGCUCGGAUGAAGGCCUCGCUCCACAGUUGCGUGAUGCUCUUGAGGCGGCAGAGUCGCCCCUCAUGCUCUCUGUCAAAGAAGGGACCCUACCCUCGUCGCUGCUUGAAGGUAUCGAACCCCGCGGCUUCAAAGUACCUUGUCAAAAGGCCCUUAUCCUGCGAUUGCGCGCUAGCCCAUCGGAGUCCGAUGCUGUAGCCGCUUUUGUUGUCCUGGGCCUGAAUCCUAGACGCCCGUACGAUGACGAUUUCCGCCUGUUCAUCAAUCUUCUUGGUCGCCAGUUGGAGAUCUCGAUAACGUCGCUCACGCUGCUCGAGGAGGAGGUACGGCGCGGCAGGACGGCGGCAAUGAUUGCGGCGCAGGAUAAACUGAAACUAUCCAAGCAGCUCAUCCAGCGCACGCAGGAAGCCGUCGAGAGCGAAUACAGAUUCACCCGGAUGGCCGAGUUUGCUCCCGUAGGGAUGUUCAUUGCCGACCCGACGGGCUUCAUUAAUUAUUGCAACGACAUGUGGUGGGAAAUCUCGCGCCAUCCCCGCGGGGACAACAGCGUAAAUACUUGGAUGGAGAGCGUCAUGGAGGAGGAUAGACCGGAAGUGCAAAAGGUAUGGAAGAAGCUCACGGAAGAGAAGAUUGCCAUCACCCACGAGUUCCGCUUUAGCCAUACUCGGCAAAACGCGGACCAGGUCAUGGAGACGUGGGUGCUCAUGAGCGCCUACCCUGAAAAGGACGCCAACGGACACGUCAAGUCCAUAUUCGGCUGCCUAACGGACAUCUCGACGCAGAAAUGGGCCGAAUAUUCGCAGAAGCAGCGGCGCGAGGAAGCCGUAGAACUCAAGCGCCAGCAAGAGAACUUCAUCGACAUAACGAGUCACGAGAUGCGAAACCCGCUGAGCGCCAUCUUGCAGUGCGCUGACGAGGUGUACAACAGCAUCGGGGAGUUCCGGGCGGGCAGGGGCGAGUACCGGGACUUGAAGUCGCUGCUGGACUGCUGCGCCGACGCGGCCAACACGAUCAGCUUCUGCGCGAGCCACCAGAAGCGCAUCGUCGACGACAUCCUGACGCUGUCGAAGCUGGACUCGCAGCUUCUCAUGGUCACGCCGGUAUCCGUGCAGCCGGUAGCCGUGGUAGAGAGGGUGCUCAAGAUGUUCGAGACGGAGCUCGCUAGCCGCGACAUUCUGUUGGAGUUCCGUGUCGAGCAGCCCUACCGUGACUACGGCAUCGAUUGGGUGCGCAUAGACCCUUCGAGGCUCCGGCAGGUCGUCAUCAACCUCAUGACCAACGCUAUCAAGUUCACGCAGAACAGAGAGCAGAGGGUCAUCGUCGUGAGCGUCAGCGCGUCGAAGCAGGCUGGCGAGAACGGCGAGUCCGAUGUCACGUACUUCCCUAGCCAGCGGGAGAAUACGGACAUCACCAAGGAUGAGGAGUGGGGUAGCGGCGAAGAGGUCAAUCUCCACUUCUCCGUCCAAGAUACGGGGCCGGGCCUCACAGGGGCUGAAAUCAAGGUCCUCUUCCAACGCUUCUCGCAAGCUUCGCCCCGUACGCACGUCCAAUACGGCGGGUCUGGGCUCGGCCUCUUCAUCUCCCGCAUACUCACCGAGCUCCAGGGUGGCCAGAUCGGCGUCAGUUCUACCAAGGGAACGGGCAGCACCUUCACCUUCUACAUCAAGAGCCGCAAGACAGAUCCGCCACCCCACGACGAAAUACAGCACGGGGAGAAUAUGCAGGCCACCGUCGCAGCCGCCCCCUCAUCCGUUGGCUCCCCUGGACUCUCGAACGAUAAUACUAGCAAUAAUAACAAUAAUAAUCUCCCCGGCCUUCCCGAGGACUCCCUCCGCAAGAUGGACGUCCUCAUCGUCGAGGACAAUAUCGUCAACCAAAAGGUCCUGCAGAGACAGCUCCGCAGCUACAGGUGCGACACCUUCGUGGCGAACCACGGCGGCGAGGCCCUCGAGAAGAUCAGAAACUCGCGCUUCUGGAAAGGGAAAGGCCCCGACGGCGGCAACAUCUCCGUCAUACUCAUGGACCUGGAGAUGCCCGUCAUGGACGGCAUGACGUGCGCCAAGCGCAUCAGGGAGCUGCAGAGGGAUGGAACGAUUACGGCGCAUAUUCCUAUUAUUGCUGUUACGGCUUAUGCGAGGCCGCAGCAGAUUGAGAGUGCGAAGUCUGCCGGUGUGGACGACGUUAUAUCGAAGCCUUUCCGCCUCCUUGAGCUGAUUCCCAAGAUUCGUGAGCUUGCAGAAAGAUACGGCACUCUCCCCCCAUCGUCACACAAGUAA